CGCAUACUACAUAGAAGGAAAGACAUAAGCUUGCAAAUACAAUGGCUUUUACUGAACUUAGAGUUUCAUAUCUCACAAGCACACUUGCUCGUUGUAAUUUUGGAACUUCUACUUAUCAAUCACGCAUCUUAUCUCUACAAAAAUCAAGUUCAAGGAUUAUGCAUAGUAAAUUAUCGAUCAAGUCCAUUGCUCUCAAUGAGAAGUUGUCACCUUUACAAACUGAAGAUAAGACCAAAAGUUUGGGUCAAGUCAAAAGAAGAAGCCGAGAAGCAUUGGUAAACUCAAAUGAUCCUAUUGUAACAUUGAAGAUGAUUGACUCAAUCCAACGGCUGGGAAUUGGUCAUCAUUUGGAAGAUGAGAUCAAUAUACAACUUGGGAGGAUAUGUGAUUGGGACCUUUCUCAAGACCUCUUUGCCACAUCCCUUCAAUUUCGGUUACUGAGGCAUAAUGGCUGGACCACAUGUUCUGAUGUUUUCAGGAAGUUUUUGGACAAGAGUGGCAAUUUCAAUGAAUCACUUACCAAAGAUGUUUGGGGUAUGUUGAGUUUAUAUGAGGCAUCAUAUUUAGGGACAGAAGAUGAAGAAAUAUUAAAAAAAGCCAUGGAAUUUUCAAGGGCUCGUCUAAGUGAGUUAAUCCCACACCUUAGUCCUGAAGUGGGUAGGAACAUUGCCAAAUCCUUAACACUUCCAAAGCACCUAAGAAUGGCAAGGUUAGAAGCAAGGAACUAUAUGGAAGAAUAUAGCAAAGGAAGUAACCAAAUACCUGCUCUUCUGGAAUUGGCAAAGUUAGACUCUGAUAUGGUUCAGUCAUUACACCAAAGAGAAUUAGCAGAAAUAUGCAGGUGGUGGAAAGAGUUGGGACUUGUUGAAAAACUUGGUUUUGCAAGAGAUAGACCAACAGAGUGCUUCUUAUGGACAGUAGGGAUAUUUCCAGAACCAUGUCAUUCAAAUUGCCGCAUAGAACUUACAAAAACCAUAUGUAUUUUGCUAGUAAUGGAUGAUAUCUUUGACACUUAUGGAACAUUAGAUGAACUUGUUCUUUUUACAAAGGCAAUUAAAAGGUGGGACCUUGAUGCAAUGGAUCAACUUCCAGAAUACAUGAAGAUAUGCUAUAUGGCAUUAUAUAACACCACAAAUGAAAUUGCAUACAAAAUCCAAAAAGAACAUGGACUAACUGUUGUUUCUUACUUGAAAAGAACAUGGAUUGACAUAUUUGAAGCAUUUCUUGAAGAAGCCAAAUGGUUCAAUAAUGGAUGUGUGCCAAAUUUUAAGACAUAUUUGGAUAAUGGAGUAAUUUCUGCUGGAUCAUGCAUGGCCUUGGUGCAUGCUACUUUCCUCAUUGGUGAUGGUCUCUCAAAGGAAACUAUGUCCAUAAUGAUGAAGUCAUAUCCCAGACUCUUCACUUGCUCCGGCGAAAUUCUUCGACUAUGGGAUGACUUAGGAACUUCAACGGAGGAACAAGAAAGAGGAGAUAAUGCUAGUAGUAUACAAUGCAUGAUGAGAGAGAAUAAUAUUUCAGAUGAAAAUGAAGGAAGAAUACACAUAAGGAUGCUACUAGGGAAUUUGUGGAGAGAGCUGAAUGGUCUUGCCACGACCAAAACCAUACCUUUGUCUGUUGUCAAAGCUUCUCUUAAUAUGGCAAGAACUGCUCAAGUUAUUUAUCAACAUGGAGAUGAUCAAAGCACAUUUACUGUUGAUGACUAUGUGCAAACAUUGAUCUUCACAUCAUUACCUACUAGCCAUUGAAUGGAAGAGAUACAAAUUCUAUGCCUAUAGUAUUUUAUUUGAAAAAUAGGGAAACAUGUAAUGCUUAUAAAAAAUAACUUGUAGAUUGAAAAAAAUAAAAUUAUAAAUGACAUAUUUUUGUCAUGGACCUUAUUGUUUAUUAUAUAAAA